AAUGGCCAGAUUUAUCAAUUUCUAUCCAUUUUAUUUCAUUGCCAUAACAGAUAAAGUAAUCUUGUCACACAAAUAAGAGAAGGUCCACACUUCGACAGAAACAUUGUGGACUAGCUAUUGAGUAUUGUAAAUUUAAGCUUUCAAAUGAAAGUGAAACGUUUUUCAAGUAAUAUACAGAUUUUCAUUGUUUCUUUGAGUGUACUAAUUCGUGAGUCGAUGUCAAAAAGUUUUCAAUCCACUAUGCUCGAUUAGAGUGGUAGAUCGAAAGACAAAGCACUUUUCCAAUAAAAAAGAAGCUACAGACUUCAACAUUACAAACCAGCUAUUGUAAAUUUAUACUUCUAAACUGAAAGCGAAACAUGUUUCAAGUAAUAUGCUGAUUUUCAGUGUUUCUUUGAACCUCGUAAUUCGUGAAUUCGUUCGAAAAGUUUUCUAUCCACUAUGCUCGAUUAGAGUGGUAGAUCGAAAGACUCUGAACUUUUCCAAUAACAAAAGAAGCUACAGACUUCAACAGAAACACUUAAAUCACUACGGACCAGGUAUGUCAUAUUGUAAGUUUAAGCUUUCAAAUAAAAGCGUAACGCUUUUAAGUAAUAUACAGGUUUUUAACUGCUUCUUUGAGGUUCGUGCCUACUUAUUCGUGAAUAAGGAGUACCAGAGAAAGGUUGCAACUGCAGAGAUCGUGCUAGCUGCCUCCUGGAAGGACAAUAUCUUGUAAGAUGAUUUAUCAACCAGGAGGACAACGUGCAAAUAGUGUUGAAGUAACUGAGAAGAAAUUGAGUUUCGGACAUUGUCAGAGUGUUAAAAACUCAAAAUAUCGACUGAGUAAUGAGUAUCGAACUGACUAUCUGGAAACUCAGGGAGUGUGAUAAUGUGAUAUUAAAAAUUUAAAAGUACUCAAAAUCUAGCACGUUGUUUCAAUGUGAGUUAUUAAUAUUAUUUACCUAUUUUGAAACAUAUUUGAAUAAAUUGUAGAAGUGCUAUGGCUUAAAUUCUACCUCUGCAGGGUAUAUCAUUAGCAAUCAACUAACAGCAUCCAUGUACAGGGUAAACUAAAACUGAGUCGUUUUUUAACCGAUGCUUCCCUGACUCUAAUCUAGUAAACCUAGUCUCGGACUAAUAUAGAGGUUGCGUAUCGGCGGUGGAGGUAGACACAUAUUUGGUCGCUUAGGGUUAGGGUUAGGGUUAGGGUUAGGGUUAGGGUUAGGGUUAGGGUUAGGGGUCCGGGACUCUACGGCGUAAGACUCUACGACGUAAGACUCUAAACCUAACCCUAACCCGCCGUAGAGUCUCACGCUGUAGAGUCUUACGCCGUCCGGACCCCGGUGCACCUUGAUCAUGGCGAACUUUCCCAAUAUCUGCUGACUUCAGUCGGGUAUUAUAAUAGUGUUACUUAAAGUAAUAAUUUACCAAACAAGUUCCUCUAUUUCGGGUUAAAUUCAUCAUUCAAUUAAAUUUCAUGAAAGUUUAUGUUACAAUAACUUAGAUUUCGAGAAGCACUCAGCAUUGGGUCAAGAUAUAUUUAUUAUUUCUAACGAAUCUUAUGCUCAUGACGAUUGUUCUUUGUCGUGAAACUUUCAGUAGACGAAGUUCGUUGUUUUACUUCGUUAGAAUUUGAAUUAAGCAGAGCAUUAGUUGAAGAAGAACCGCACCGAUAGAUUUUAACAUAAUACAAUAUAAUAUAUUGUGUAUCAAAUAUGUAAGAGCAUAUUGUAGAUGCGGAGUGUAAAAGUAAAUAGUCCUUAGCUGGCGAAUCUAUUGUCUAUUUGUCUCAUAUUAUAUGGAACGUUUGUUCAAACUGUGAAAUUAAAUUUCAGUUUCUCUUUGAAUAAAGUAAUUCAAGAGUCCGCAAUUUGACUGUCCUCAUGGAAAUGAUUCCUAGUCACAAUACUGAAUAAUAUGCACACUGCAUAGCAUAAAGAAAGAAAAUGUAAACAUAUAGAAAGAGAAUGUAAACUUUACCGACUACAAAAAAGCAAAGUGCUCAAACAGAAACAUUUGGAACCUGCUAAUGUGUAUCGCGAACAUGUUAAAACUUAACAAGGAGCAAUUUUUGUAGCUGAUGUUUAUUGAUUCCAGUUUGUCGGUGGAUGGUUUUAACAACUUCGAUAUUAUGAUUUUAUUGUAGAUAAGAAAUAAUACGACUCUUAAUUAAUUAGCUAAACGUCAAACUCAAAGCAGAAGAAUGAAGGUUUUCUUGAUCCUGAUGGGAGUCUUCUCAGUUGUCUCGGCGGCAGUCAAAAAGUGCAAUGGUGUUGAUGGCGUCACUCCCGAGGACUGCGCGACCGAAGAUGUCGCAUGUACAUCUCCAAAGUUUGCAGAGUACGGAGGUCUGAGUACUCAAGCGUACGGGUGUGGAGAGUGCCCUGCUAACAGUGCUACGACAUGUGCCCAAUGCGUUGCCACAGCAGACACCGGAUGUAACACAAAAGUGGCACUAACGGGGAAGCUUACAUUUCUGUGUUACAAAUACGAAUAUACUGCAUCAAAAUGGAAAAAAGUAGCAGCUCCAGUGACUUGCCACGCUAACAGUGGUACCGCUGUCAAGUGCAACAGUCCUGGAAAGAGUGCAGACAGUACCUACACCGUGCCCCACAACGGCUGUGGACCUUGUGAUGCAACAGCGAAGACAGCAAAUAAAUGUUCGGACUGCACCACAGCCAAAUGCAAUUCUGCGUCAACUCUCGCGUUUGUUUUGGCGCCCCUCUUGGCAGUUAUCUUCCAUGCAUUCUAAAUAGCCCGAAACAGGAACAGUACAUUUGAAACUGCUUUCAUCUGUUAGUACUUUAUUUUAAAUUUCAAUUUGUCCGAAGGAAAAAACUUUUUUUCCCGACAGCUUCGAUGUUUUUGUUCGUUGGAUUUAAAAAAGCCAAUUUCUUGUUAAUAAUUUUUCAAUUUUUCUCAAGAAUGACAAAGGUUUACUUUUAAAAGACAUGUUUAGGGUAACAUGUACCUUAAAUACCUAUUCGAAUACCAUUUUUGUUUUAAAUUUACUCGCAUAUACCCUAAGCAGUUUAUAUUUAUCAACUGAUUAUGGAGUGAAUGAAAUUAGACGGCAAACUCUUCUAGAAAGAGCUUAAUAUUAGUCAUAACUAUUAAUCAUAUCUUUUAUUAUCAUUAUAUUUCCCAAAAAAUUCAGUUAAAAAUAA